AUGGCCGGCUUGCACGUUUCCGAGCUAGCGGACUCCAGUUUGGGGCAUGCGAUUUCCCUGCUGCCCUUCACAGACAUUCUCGAGGCCACAGCCUGCAGUCGAAGGUGGCUUCAACUGGGGCAUGGGCUCACUUAUCUGGCUGCAGUGUCACCCGAGACCUCCAUCCCGACCCUGCUGGCGCUUCCGAUCUUGAGCUCCCGAUUUCCACAGCUCUCUCACAUGCUGUCUGCAUGUCUGGACGAUUGGAAGAUGAGCUACCUUCACGCACUGCAGGCAGGCGGUCACCUCAUUCAAUCACUGGUGCUGCAGCUGCCCGAGGGUAUGGGUGAGCAAGAGCUUUCAUUCAUCCUGAGACGCUGCCCAAACUUGGUCCAGUUCCAUUUAUCAGACUAUGAUCUUGUUGGGCAGGACAUUCGAGGGCAUUUCUUGCAGGAUCUGCCCCGUACACUGACGGAGCUGAGGUUGUGCUUGCUGCGGGACCUGCAGGACUGCAACAUGCAAGCAGCCGUCAAUGCGGCUCCACAUCUCGGAUCGAUUCACUUGGAGGGUGUUGAUGAACUCACUGAUGAUGGCAUUGCGGCGCUAGGUGCGUUGAAGCUUCGAGAGCUGUCACUGGUUUUCACGCUCACUGGGGCCCCACAAAUUGCCGAAUCGACCUUGCUGUCCGUGCUGAGCAGGUCGGGAAAUCAAGGAGGACUUAUGACCCUUGAAGUAUCCGAGCGUGCUGGACCGCCACUGAUCUUGUCUGCGCAGGGAGCUGCCUUCGUGCAAGUGCUAGGCCCACACCGGACGUUGAUGACUUUGAUAUUGUCGGGCGUGGUGGGACUUGGGGAUGUGGCUUUACAAGCGCUUGCAGUCUCGUGCCCCAAUUUGCGUGAGCUGUCUCUCUACAGACCUGGCAAUCAACUGACGGCAGCUGGGCUACAAGAAGCUUUGCGACAGCUUUCUUUGGAAAAGGUAAGCCUUGGCUGCGUGGCGGACUUUACUGGAGCCUUUCAGGCACUGCGCCUUGCUGGACAUGGGCUCCGGUCGUUUGAGAUGACCCGCUAUUUUCGAACUGCCGCGGAUGAAUCCGUAUCGUCUGUACUGGAGAACUUGCGUGAUGUCUGCUUUCCUCGCUUGCGUUCAGCAACCUUUCGUGGUACCUUUUCGUCUGAGCAGGUGUUGGCCUGCUAUGAGGGCAUGGGGAGGGAUCCCGCUCCUGCCAACCUUGACUGGGUGCAGCUUGAUGAUCAGACCUUUUCGGUCAAAUGGCCUAGGUUCUGUGAAGCUGAAGAAGCAUACGUGACUGUGCAGCUGCAGCGGUGCUUCAAGGAGAGUGAGUUUCGGUAA